AUGUACCAGGUAAUGCGUGGUACAAUAACAGCACCCCAUUUGACAUCGUCUUCAGUGGCCUGUCCGUCAACUCUAGACGAGGCCAUUACAUCGGCGGAUGUGAGAGGCGUGAUCGACUUGUUGAAAAGCAGUGUUGAAAACACUAUCAAGAGCUACACGGACACCUGGAUAUCGAUACACAGUCGGUUGCCAAAUUGUGGGAAAAGUGGUAGUUUAGGGAGUGAACUUGAAGACCAUGGUUUAGGUAGUGAACUUGAAGACCAUGGUUUAGGGAGUAAAGACAAUGAAGACCAUGGUUUAGGGAGUGAAUUUGAAGACCAUGGUUUAGGGAGUGAACUUGAAAAUCAUGGUAUAGGGAGUGAAGACAAUGAAGACCAUGAUUUAGGGAGUGAACUUGAAGACCAUGGUUUAGGGAGUGAACUUGAAGACCAUGGUUUAGGGAGUGAAGACAAUGAAGACCAUGAUUUAGGGAGUGAACUUGAAGACCAUGGUUUAGGGAGUGAACUUGAAGACCAUGGUUUAGGGAGUGAACUUGAAGACCAUGGUUUAGGGAGUGAACUUGAAAACCAUGGUUUAGGGAGGGAACUUGAAGACCAUGGUUUAGGGAUUGAACUUGAAGACCAUGGUUUAGGGAGGGAACUUGAAGACCAUGGUUUAGGGAGGGAACUUGAAGACCAUGGUUUAUGGAGGGAACUUGAAGACCAUGGUUUAGGGAGGGAACUUGAAGAUCAUGGUUUAUGGAGGGAACUUGAAGACCAUGGUUUAGGGAAGGAAUUUGAAGACCAUGGCUUAGGGAGUGAAUUUGAAGACUAUGGUUUGAUGAGUGAAGACAAUGAAGACAAGGAGCAGACGAUUAUAUUUUAUAACGGUAAUAUUGACGAUGAAAAAGAUGACAAAGAUAAGAAAAAAGGUGGAUUCAUUCAAUUCCUCAAGACAAAUUGGAAAUUGGUUGCCAUCAUUGUCGGAAUAGCAGCGGCCAUAUUUAUAUUAUCUAUUAUUAUAGCUGUCGUCGUAGCAACAUCAGGCGACACAGUGUCACUCAAAACUUCAUAUGACUAUUCAGAGGUUAUUCACAAGUCUAUACUGUUCUACGAAGCACAGCGUUCUGGUGUGUUACCGGAAACCAACAGAAUACCAUAUCGAGGCGAUUCUGCGUUAGAUGACAAGGGAGUGAACGGAGAAGAUUUAACGGGAGGCUGGUAUGACGCCGGUGAUCACAUAAAGUCAACCUUCCCGAUGGCGUUCAGUGUCGCGGUGCUCACCUGGGGUUAUCUGGAAUUUAAGGAUGCGUACGAAGAAGCCGGAGAAACACAGAAUAUGUUGGAUUGUAUCAGAUGGGGGACAGACUUUCUACUGAAAGCACACACAGCGCCGAAUGAAUUAUAUGUACAGAUCGCGAAGAAAUCGGUUGAUCAUGGAUAUUGGGGCCGUCCAGAAGAAAUGACAAUGAACAGGACUUCAUUCAAAGUGACCACGGAAACCCCUGGAAGUGACGUCGCUGGGGAAGUAUCGGCCGCAUUGGCUGCUGCGUCGAUCAUUUUCGCAGAUUCAGAUCCAGAUUAUGCCAAUCAAUUGCUAGAUGAAUCCAAAGAAUUAUUCCACUUUGCUGACAAUUAUCGUGGAUUUUACAAAGACUCUUUCCCUGAGCCACCUGUCUAUUACAGAGGGAGCAAAUACGAGGACGAGAUAGCAUGGGCGGCUAUUUGGUUGUAUAAGGCAACUGGCGAGGAAGUCUAUCUCAAUAAAUCGGAGAAUGAGAUACCGAACAUGAUUGGAGGACGUUCAUGGGCGUUUGGAUGGUCACAGGUUGACGCAGGUGUACAUACACUUUUGUACAACUUGACUGGAAACUCGUACUAUAAGAAGAGAGUGACGCGUUAUGUAGACGAGUGGUUGCCUGGUAACGCUAUGCCAUAUACACCCAAAGGACUAGCGUUUCGAAAUUACUGGGGGUCGCUUAGAUAUGCUUCGUCUACUGCGUUCAUUGCAUUGGUCGCAGCUGAGAGCAGGGUACGCCGCACACCGUACCGACAGUUUGCAAAAGAUCAACUCCACUAUAUACUGGGAGACACGGGGCGUAGUUACGUGUGUGGAUUUGGAGAGAAUCCUCCAGUUCAACCUCAUCAUCGAAGUAGUUCUUGUCCUGAUUUGCCAGAAAAGUGUGCGUGGAAUUCAUUCGGCAGCCCUGACCCAAAUCCCCAGAUAUUGUAUGGUGCUUUGGUAGGGGGACCUGACGAAAAUGACGAUUACGAAGACGCCAGAGCUGAUUACUACAAGAACGAGGUCACGUUGGAUUACAACGCCGGCAUGCAGUCUGCCGUUGCAGGUUUGCUGCAUCUUGCUUUGACCGACCAAAUGCCAUGAUGAAACCACCUAAUAUCAAUGGAAAUGCCAUUUACAGCAGAUGCCAUGUAAUAUUGCAAUUAAAACUGACAAUGUUUGUUUGUAGGUGCUUUGUCAGACUUGCCAAAUUGUGUUUUAUCAUAAUACUCAACUUUUAUUUCGCACAAAUAGCCCUGGAUACAGCUACCAGUAUUAAAUAAUUUGAACCGACAGCACCUUCUGCCCUUUAAAUUCCGUCCUAAGAGCUGACAAAUAUAAUAACGUUUAAACUUACUUAUAAGCAAUAAACUGGACUAUUAACACUUCACGUUAGAAUUACAUUACAUUGUUUUCAAGUUUGUUUUUCCUAUUAUUUUCCCAUCAAUAUUAUUUAAAAAUAUGCAAAACUAUAACUAGACAGUUUAUUAUAGUAUAUCCGGG